UGCUCUCCCUCUCUCUGCCUCCAAGAAUUCCUCAUCCAAACCUCAAUCACGUAUGAUUGCGUAGAGAGAAAGCGCUGCAAGCCAUUCACCGGGUGCUCGUCACGGGGAUUAAUCAACACAACCGGCUACUUUGGAAAUCGUUUUUAUGAAUUAAUUUUGCAUGGUAUCAGAAAAAUGACGGUUUGAUCAUUUUUCUUUCAUUUAAGAAGAGGAUCGUUGGCCAGUGUCUAUCGUAGGAAUCCAGCAUUAUUUACUGGACAACGACAACGACAACAUGCCGCUGCACUCUGGCAAAAUAUGAUGUCUUUUUCUCAAAGUGGUCAGUGGCACAGGUUGGUGGCUCGCGCGCUGUAGCCUCGGACAUCACAAUGCUGCGCGAGGCUGCCGCUUCCUCGGUCCAGUCUGGGUCCUGCGUCGUGCCAUUUGGUUAAAUAAACUAUGAAGUUAUAGAGCAGCGAAUUGGCAGAUGCGCGUAAUUCUACUAUCGAGAAGAAUCAGCAACAAACCUUAAGAAAAGUUUCGCGAAUGCUUUGCAAAAAACGUGAGAAUUUAGCAAACAGGACAUAGCAACCAAAUGUGGGUCCUAUAAAUGCAUUGUCGUGUUUAAAAGGCACUGCUCGAUUCACCUGGAAUACGCGCGACUCACUUUCUCCCGAAUCGCGCGACAGAUUACACGUCCUCUCCAAUUAAAUCGACGUCAAAGAUCCUCACGGCUGUUGCAAAUGUACAUGUUAGCUUCUUCGUUUAAGUGGUUAACUGAAUAAUUAACAGAUGCCCCAUAGAAUAUCAAAGUGGUUUCUUUGACAUAUUCCGUGCUUGAAUCGCAAAACUACCUGGAAAUUGUUCCAUAGCGAGGAUGCCUUUUAAAUCAUCAAGAUUCACGGGACUCGGUGGAUUUCCCGUAGGACCGGAAUAAUAUUUGGUUAAUCCCGCACAGUGCUACAUGUUACGGGACACAUAUUUGUAUUUGCAAUUUAUUGCGCCAAGUAGCUGCACCACUCAACCUCUGCCCAGCACCUCGGCUCGCCCGCGGGGAGAUGGCCGCGAUCGCCAGCUCUCUGAUCCGACAGAAACGCCAGGCACGGGAGUCCAACAGCGACCGGGUUUCCACCUCCAAACGCCGCCCGAGCCCCAGCAAAGACCCCCGCUCUCUUUGCGAGAGGCAUUUCUUAGGGGUUUUCAGCAAAGUACGAUUCUGCAGCGGGAAGAAACGAGCUGUCCGACGGAGACCAGAUGCCUCCUCCAACCCUCCACAGAGCCGCAGCUGAAAGGCAUCGUGACCCGACUGUUCAGCCAGCAAGGCUUCUACCUGCAGAUGCAGCCGGACGGCACCAUCGACGGGAGCAAGGACGAAAACAGCGACCACACCCUGUUUAACCUGAUCCCAGUGGGACUGCGAGUGGUGGCCAUCCAGGGAGUGAAGGCCGGCCUCUACAUCGCCAUGAAUGGAGAGGGCUUCCUGUACAGCUCAGAAAUGUUCACACCAGAGUGCAAGUUCAAGGAGUCUGUGUUCGAGAACUACUAUGUCAUCUACUCUUCCACGGUGUACCGGCAGCAAGAGUCCGGCCGGGCUUGGUUCCUGGGCCUCACCAAAGAGGGUCAAGUGAUGAAGGGGAACCGCGUGAAGAAGACCAAGCCCUCCUCCCAUUUUGUCCCCAGACCCAUUGAAGUUUGCAUGUACAGAGAGCCGUCACUGCAUGAGAUUGAAGAGAAGCAGCGUUCCAGGAAAAGUUCAGGGACUCCCACUAUGAACGGGGGAAAAGUGGUGAACCAGGACUCCACAUAGCAGGACCUAGAGCUGCCCCCCCCCUCAGCGGGCCCCUGCGGCCCCCCUGCGGCCCCCCUGCGGCCCCCUGCACCUGAACUCCUCCUGCA